UGUCCUUCACACUCCCCGAUCUUCUCCCCCGAUCCCUCUCAGAUCAUCGCCGGCAGAGCCCACCGGCCCGAGUUUCUUCUCCCGCUCUCUCUUCCCUUCUCCUACCGAUCACCGCCGAGCUUUCUUCCCCCAAAGCGUGAAAAACAUUUGCUUUGUUAUGACUAAUCUCCUAAGCGAUCAGCUUUUGCGAAUGGAAACAGCAUGUGAAUCUCUUCUAUACGAGCUUCAGAUUGUAUGGGAUGAAGUUGGUGAAUCUGAUGCCGAAAGGGAUAAAUUACUACUUGAGCUAGAACAGGAGUGCCUGGAGGCUUAUAGAAGAAAAGUUGACCAGGCAAACAGGUGCAGAGCUCAGCUACGGCAAGCCAUCGCUGAUGCAGAAGCAGAGCUUGCAGCCAUCUGUUCUAUAAUGGGUGAGCGACCAGUGCAUAUCAGGGAGUCCAAUCAGAAAGCUGGUAGCUUAAAAGAAGAGCUCAAGGACAUUAUCCCUCAGUUAGAGGAAAUGCGAAAGAGAAAGAAUGAUAGAUGGAAUCAAUUUCUUGAAGUUCUAGAGCAAAUACAAAAGAUUUUGAUGGAGAUUAGGCUGGCAGAGUACACCCCAUCCAAGAUGGCUGUCUAUGAAUCUGAUCUAUCCACAAGAAGGCUUGAAGAAUUGCAUAGACAGCUGCACUCCCUUCAAAAGGAGAAGACUGAGCGCCUGAAGCAACUGAUGGACCUUCUGAAUACUUUGAAUUCAUUAUGUCUUGUACUGGGUAUAGAUUUCAAACAGACUGUUCAUGAAGUACACCCAAGUUUUGUUGAAACUGAAGGGUCAAAGAACAUUAGCAAUGAUUCAAUUGAAGGUCUGGCCAAUGCAAUACAGAGAUUACGAGAGGUCAAGAUCCAGAGAAUGCAGAAGCUUCAAGAUCUUGCAACCACUAUGCUGGAACUCUGGAAUUUGAUGGAUACACCAGCUGAAGAACAACAGUUGUUUCAGAAUGUAACAUGUAAUAUAGCUGCUUCAGAACAUGAAAUCAUGGAGCCCAACAUGCUUUCAACAGACUUCAUCAAUUGCGUAGAGGCAGAAGUUUUGAGGCUUGAACAGCUUAAAGCUAGCAAGAUGAAAGAGUUAGUGCUGAAGAAGAAAACAGAAGUGGAGGAGCUCCGUCGUCGGACCCAUCUAGUCACAGAAGCAAACAGUGAAACAGAAUUUGCAACUGAUGCUAUUGAAGCUGGAGCAAUUGAUCCCUCUUUAGUAUUGGAGCAGAUUGAGGUUCAAAUUUCAACUGUUAAAGAGGAAGCUUUUAGCAGGAAGGAUGUCCUUGAGAAGAUUGAAAAAUGGUUAGCUGCAUGCAAUGAAGAGUCCUGGCUGGAGGAAUACAAUAGGGAUGAGAAUCGCUAUAGUGCUGUAAGGGGCGCCCACCUUACACUCAAGCAUGCUGAAAAGGCUCGUGCUUUGGUUAAUAAGAUUCCAGCAAUGGUGGAUGCUUUGGCUGCCAAAAUUGCAGCGUGGGAGAAAGAUAGGGGGAUUGAGUUUGCAUAUGAUGGUGUUCGUCUUCUAUCAAUGCUGGAAGAGUACACCAUAGUGAGGCAGGAGAAGGAGAAGGAGCGCAAGAGAAAUAGGGAUCAGAAGAGACGUCAGGGUCAACUUAUAGCUGAGCAGGAAGCACUCUUUGGGUCCAAACCAAGCCCUUCAAAGCCCCAGAGUGCGAAGAAGGUUCCUAGAACUUCCACCGGGGGAUCAAGCAGAAGGCUAUCCCUAGGUGGAGCCAUAAUGCAUCCUCCGAAGCCGGAACUGCUUCAUUCCAAGUCCACACGCGGUGAUGAGAUGGGUGUUCUUUCUCCUGGUACGAGAGGCCUAGACAUUGCUGGCUUACCAGCGAAGAAACUGUCUUUCAAUACCCUGAAUGCUCCAAGCGAAGUGGAGAUACCUCGAAAGCCCUUUGCUCUCCUCGUUCCUGUUAACAGCAUUCCAUCAACACAAUCUCAGUCCAAUAUUAUGUUGACACCCAGAAUUUUAUUGACACCCUCUCAGCCUAGAAAUAAUGAUGUUGAAGAGAACAGGACCCCUGGAACAAUGCCUAUUUCAACUCCUCAAAUUCCAAUGGCAGUGUAUGCCCCUAUGCAGAUGGCCAAAACACCUGCUCCAACCUGCAUUGUUUAUGAAGCGGCAGUCACGAAAGCACCCUUGGAGGCGAUAGAAUACUCAUUUGAAGAAAGAAGGUUUGCCUUACGCCAAGAGAUAGACUUGUAGACUUGGACCUCGCGGAUUUGAAAGUUUCUUGUUUUCUUUUUCUUAGUCAAUACCAGGUGAUUGAUACGGUAUUUGCCGUCUUGUUUGCUCUUUCUUUGUAUAUGCGCUUGCUUGAUCUUGCCUACAGCUGGUGCUCUUCUUCUGAGUGUAAUCUUAAGGGAUGUAAGUAUUUCUUCUGUCAAUUUUUAUUAUUUUCUUUAA